AGAGGAAAUCUUCACACCAAGAUUUGUUCUGCUUCCAACUAGUGAUUUAACAGCUAAUGAAGUCUUGUUAAAAGAAGGAAAUGUCACGUUUCCUAUAGUAUGCAAACCUCUAACUGCAGGAGGCGGCAAAGAGGCACACGAGAUGGAUGUAGUCUUCAAUCAAAAUGGUAUAUCAGAUUGUGCAGUUCCAUGUGUUGCUCAGUCAUUCAUAAAUCAUGGAGCAGUUCUCUACAAACUCUUUGUCCUAGGACCAGUCUGGUUUGUCGUUGUCCGUCCCUCUCUCAAAAAUUUCUAUGCUGGAGGUAUUGCAUCCUACUAUUGUUUCUUUGUGUAUAUAGUAUAUUUAGAUAUAUAUGUAUACUGUAAUAGUGCAGCUCUGUAAACCUUAGUUAUUGUUAGGCAUUAUCAGUGUUUUGCUAAUUUUCUCAUUUUUUUUAAGUUAUUUUAUUUUAUAUAUUUUCAAAAUUGCUUUUAAUCUUCAAUAAUUUCAUUUUGCUUAUUAAUAUUAUUUUAGUAACUGCCAAAUUUACAAAAGCCAUAUUAUUUUACAUAACCAUUUCUUGGUGAUUUUCUAAAGAACCAAAGAAUACACUGAAUUGGACUUGCAGAUUUGUUAAUGCACCACUUGUGGUCAGCUUUUGGUUUGGGGUUAUUGAUAAUGAAUAUGACUAAAGGAAGUGGUCACAUUAUCACCCAUGUAAAGUAUUUCAUCAUUUUGGUAAAGUGAUCGUGUAAAUGCACAUGUAACAUUUUCUUGUCUAGGUAUCAAAGUUGAUUGGUCGCACACAUUGCUUCAAAAGUUUGUAUAUGUUUACAUAUGUUUUGGUCAAGUUUUGAUUAGGGAAAUUUUUCUCCUGUCUAAAUUGAAAAUAGUAUGUCCUUCCACACUUGUUUUGUAAGCUUAACUUUAAACACCAGGUACUGUUCAGUAAUGCUGUGCUUAUGGUGUAUUAAGGGUGUUACUUUCUCUUUGAAAAAAGACUUUGUUUUGAAGAGUAUUGCAAGUUGCACCGAGUUACUUGGAUAAAGGUACCUUACAGAUGGCUGGUCCAUCUGAAAAAGCACUAAGAGGGUGAAGAAAAGUAAAUAAAUCACAAGAAAGGCUUGAUUCUUUAUAAUUUCUUGAACUGGUUAGGAGUAGUACCAUUCAUUAUCUAACCUGCUAGUCUGUUUUAAAAUGAGGCUGUCUUAUAUGUGAGGAAAAGCCCUGAGUGUCUGGUGUCAACUUGAUCAGUUCUAGCUUUGUGUUAGAUCUAGUUUGGUUACUUAUUCAAAGGUAAAUGUGUUCCAAGAGUGUGUGCUACUCACACCUUUGAGUAUUUUAAAUCUUGUGGUAGAUUUAGUUUGGUUUCUCUUAAGUAGUUUUUCCAGUGAAUACAAAUCCUUCAUUGAUAUCCCAGGUGUUUACAUGAUAGUACUAAUUUAGUUGCUCUCUCUUGGAGUUUUCUAAUGCUAACAAGCAAAAUAAGCAAGUUGUUCAU